UUUAAUAUAAAAGAUAAGUCAAGGACAUUAAUAGCUAGCUAUGGUUUAAUAAGCAUCUUGGUAGCUGCUGACUGGAUGUGAGGUGACAGAAUAAUAGCAGAGUGAAAGAGGAGCUGCACAGGUCAGAGAGCGUGAGGUGUGUAAGACAAAAGACAACAGGAGGUGAAGGAGAAUUAAAAACAUAAUUUAAAAUAUAUAAAAUACAGAGCAAUGUUUACAGAUUUUGGAACAUGAUGCAAUGAAAAUAUCAACACCAAAAUCAUCUGGGUCUCAGUAUCAGUUUGUUUUUCAAGGUCCAUGCUAACACCUUAGCAUCCAUGACACAUUGGGGGACUGACAUCACCAUUUUGUACAGGUUAGAUAAUUCAUAAUACUGAGUAUAUGUGGCUAAUUUGAAGAAGAGCUAUUUGUAAGUUGUGCUAUUGCUACAUAGCCAACGUUAGCAUCAACAGCUGUUUACUUACUGUUCAGCAUCAAACUUCAUUAAUGCACUCGCCAACAGUUGUCUCCAGCGGGGGAAAGUGAUGCCAAUAUUAACUCUAGUCUCCAUCCCUUCUUCUAUACUUCUACUGUAGUUAGCAUGCUAACCAGCUAGCCCGGCUCAUCACUUACCGACAGCGACUCACUGCCCUGAAGACGUAUUAUAACCUCUUGUCUUGUAAACACAACAAUGACCGAAGCUUGGGAUGGAACCUUCAUGAUGGGAAAGGUUGUGUUUAUAUCUGCAUACAAACAAACUGUAUCAUUAAGAUAAUUUCCUGUAUCUAAAAAUGUAUUAAUUAAGUUGGACACUUGAUGCAAAAACAACAUAAUACAUAUAACGAGUAUAACACCAUGUAAUCCUUACCACACUGAAAUACUGUGUAACUGUAAAUAAUGACAUUUAAUACGUGUUUUAUUGGAUAGAUUCUUAUUCAUAUGAUCCAUUUACAUAUGCGUUGUCCAUUUAAGUGUGUACUCCAACCCAUCCUCCACCAGCCAGUCAUUCAGUGGUUCCCUGCUUGUAAUUCAUUUUCAAAGAGCUGCUGAUGAAGUGAAAUGUUUUUCAGGUUUUUCCUGUUACAAUGCAGCAGCAACAGAAAAGACUCAGUUAUUAUGUGAAAUCAGGUCAGAGACCGAACCAAAUGAUCUCUGGGAAUAAUGUUUUUUUGCUUGUGCCUAAUCAUUUAUUCAUUUUUAUUGUUUGUAUUUAUCAAUGCAUUACCAAAUUUCUAUAUAAAUUCAAAACAUAUACCCUUUGAUUGUUUUUAGUUUUCUUAUUAACAGUUUUUUUUCCUCUCUGCUCCUGUCUGUCCUGUCUUGUCAUCUGUUGGUCUGGGUGACAGCUGCUUCAUGCAACUGCCCAAAAUAGGAAUAAAUAAAUAAGAAUAAAUAGCAACAAAACAUUUAAAACAAAAAAAACAAGUCUUAAACUUUGAGAGAAGCUCUUCCAAGGAUGUGUGAUGUAAAUUAUCUUAAGCUUAGAGACGCUGUGAUAUGGACAAAAAGCUGUAAAUAUUCAUCCAUAAAGAAUAAACAUAAAUAAUAAAUGCAGGCAGCAGCAGAGGGGUCCAUUAGCACACAAUCAGUAAAUGGAGUGUAGUGUCAUUUUGGGGGAGUGGCUGUGUGAUAUAUUUUUAUAUUUCUCUGCCUAAAAUGAAUGCUGUUCAUAUACCCUGAGCUACAGGCUGCAGAAAUGUCUUUAAGUGUGUUUUAAAUGCAGCUGCCACUGCUUCAUUUCAUCAUUAACUGUACAGCCAGGGUGAAUCAUGCAUCUGCUAUAACAGCCGUGAACAUUAUUAUUAUUAUAGUGUCCCUCUAAUAUCCUGUAAUGGUGGCGACAGAGAGCUGCAGAAAUGAGACUCUCUCCCUCUCUCUCUCCUCCAGAGCUGCAUCCCGUUAUCUGGGCGGAGAGAGAGAGGGAGAGAGAGAGAGAGAGGGAGAGAGAGAGAGAGAGAGGGUGACCAUAUCCUCCACACUGACUCUCUCUGUUCUCACCCACAACUCCUCUGAGCAGGAACCGGCCAGUUGAUGUCAUCCAGACGGAGAUCCUGAGGAGAGGAGAGGAGGAUUGAUCCGAACAAAGCGGAAUCAUUUACAGGUUUAUCACACACAGCGGAAAAAGGAGGAUUAUAUUUAUAUUUGUUUUUUUGUUGUGCGGUUUUUUUUUUUGUUGGACUUUGCUUCCUGGUCCUGUUGCACCACAGGAGCUCUCAUUGUGGCCGGAGUGAGAAUCAGCUCCUUUUGUGUUGCUCUGCGGUUGUUUAUCCACUCAACAACUUCUGCCUUCUCUUUCCACCCAAACAGGAGGUUUCAUUUCUGUUUUUCUUGUUCCGGCCUAAACGGAAUGAAUGACAAAAACAAAGGAGGUUGAUGUCCAUAACUCUCCGACUCACCUCUUCUUCGCCUCGCCCAAGGAACGGAGACUCCAUCUCCGGCAGAAGAUGGAAAGCGGAGGCGGGACGGAGGGCUCGGACAGCGGGCAGACGCAGCACGCGGUGCCCGGGCAGCAGCAGCAAAACCCCCGGCCGGAAACUGCGGAGCUCUCUGCGGUGCUGUCCGCUCAUCCUCCGGGGGAGAAGAAGAAGAUAAACCGGGCUCCGUCCCCGGCCAGACCGAAGGAUGUUCCCGGGUGGUCGCUCACAAAGAUCCGCGGAGGGAUCGGGACGCCGACCCUGAGCGUCAAGCCGGGAGCCAUCCACCUGGGUAGCCGCAUUUCCAGGCGCAGCCCCGUGGGAAGUCUCGCCGGAAAGGACGGGAAAGCGGAGAAGAGCGGUGGUGGUAAACCGGCGGGUAAAUCCUCUUUCUCCGCCGCCGCGUUGUCCAAGACUUCGGCGGCCAAGGCGGCUAAAAGCACCGGAGGGCGGAGGAAGGUGUCGGACGCCAGUAUAGGAUCCGACGAUUUGUCCAAGGACUCGGGCUGCGCCCCGGGGAAGCUCUCCCCGACCGACAGCAGCUCCGAGCUGUCGGACUGCGCCUCCGAGGAAAACAAGCUCUCCACGGACGCUGUGAGCAGCGACACCGAGUCGAGGAGCAGCCGAGGCGGCGGGCCGGACGGAGACAAGCCGCUCAGGGAUGGCACCAUGUCGGACAGAGUUAACCAACAAGCAGCCGCCAAGACCACCUGCUCCUCUGCGGAGAAAGACAAGGACCGGCUCUCCCUCGGUGUGGAGACCGGGGAAGGGAGCAUAUCCCCGGGCGAGGAGCGCUCGGUCACCUCGUUUGACAGCAGGGUGCCAGCAAGCACAUCUCUGGCUUUCUCAGACCUCACGGAGGAGUUUAUGGACGGCAUGCAAGAGGAGUUUGUCAGGGAAAUAGAAGAGCUGAGAUCGGAGAAUGAUUACCUCAAAGAUGAGAUGGAGGAGCUGAGGUCUGAGAUGCUGGAGAUGAGGGACAUGUACAUGGAAGAAGACGUUUACCAGCUGCAGGAGCUGCGGCAACAGCUGGAGCAGGCAAACAAGACCUGCCGCAUCCUGCAGUACCGGCUCAGGAAGGCAGAGCGGCGCUCUCUCCGCGUGGCCCAGACGGGGCAGGUGGACGGAGAACUGAUACGAACGCUGGAGCAAGACGUCAAAGUGGCGAAGGACGUGUCCAUCCGUCUCCACAGCCAGCUGGACAGCGUGGAGAAGAAGAGGACUCGUCUGGAGAAGGAGAACGAGGAGCUGAGGGUCCGACUGCAGGACCUGGAGGUCGCCAAACAGGUCCUGCAGCAGGAGAUCGACAAGAACUCCCAGAAGAAAAGAGGAGCACGACCCAACAACAAACCUGACAAGAAGCUCGGUCCGCAGGAGGACAGUUCAGACCUGAAGUGUCAGCUCCACUUUGCCAAAGAGGAAUCAGCCCUGAUGUGCAAGAAGCUGACCAAGCUGGUGAAGGACAGCGAGGCCAUGAAGGAGGAGCUGGCCAAGUACAGGUCGCUGUACGGAGACGUCGACGCCACGCUCACCGUGGAGGAGGUUGCGGACUCCCCCCACACCCGCGAGGCGGAGAUCAGAGUCCACCUGAAGCUGGUGGAGGAGGAGGCCAACCUGCUGAGUCGACGCAUCGUGGAGCUGGAGGUGGAGAACAGGGGGCUCCGAGCCGAGAUGGACGACAUGAAGGGGCCGCAAGAUGGACCUCAGGAACUCUCUGGUGUUGGCGGCGGUCUGGGGGUGGGUCUUGGUCUCUCAGGAGGAGCCAUGGUUCUUGGAGGAGGGGCUUCGUCUGAAAACGUCAUGGAGCUCCAGAGACACCUCCAGUUUGUGGAGGAGGAGGCGGAGCUUCUGAGGAGGUCUCUGAUCGAGAUGGAGGAGCAGAACAAACUCCUGAUGAACGAGAUCAACCGCUACAAAUCCGAACUCCCGCCGCUGACGUCCACGCUGUCGUCCAAUUCGUUAACGUCUCUGACGGACGGGCUGCUCAAUGACAGCCCCGUGCACUCCAUACAGGAAGCGGCGGUGCUCAUCAGCACGGACACCCCCGCCCAGGAGGAGGAGCUCAGGCUGGCGAGGCUUCAGAUCGGAGAACUGAGCGGGAAGGUGAAGAAGCUGCAGUACGAGAACCGGGUGCUUCUGUCCAACCUGCAGCGCUGUGACCUGGCCUCCUACCAUGCUCCUUCCUCCUCAUCCUCCUCCUCCUCGCUGCGACUGGCUCUGGAGACGGAUGCAGAGGCGGGAGACUCCGCUGAGUGCCUCCCCACCAGCCCUCCUCACCGCAAAGAGCCCGUGGGCGGCGAGAACGACGGCCCGGAGAUCAAGGAACGGAAAAAGAAGAUUGAGGACAACGCUGACAUGGCAACUUCGCUUCCUGGGUGCCUGGGGCAGAAGGACCAUGAUGCCUUGCUGGCCAUGAGGGACCAGGCUCGCUUGGUUUCCACGGCGAUACAGCUCCUGACCUCCCCCGAGUCCAACUGCCUCUCCUCGCCCCCAUCCAUCUAUCACAAGGUCUGCAGCAACGACGCAGCGGAGCCGUGUGACCUGGAGAAACCUCAGGCUCACAGUCAGAUUUCAGAACUGUCUGACUUGGCCGACCGGCCUCUGGUCGGAGCUCUGACCAGCAGGCUUCAGGCCCUGCACACCCAGCUGCAGGCCUUCGUGGAGCGGGUGGACGGCCUGGGUAAACCCCCGGCAGGUGGGAGGGACCCUCAGGUGGAAGGAGCAUCUCCCCUGCCCUCACCCUGCGCCUCCCUCAUCUGCUCCGGAGACGAGCAGAAUGGACUGAACGCUGCAGAGGAGAAGCAGCCUGAUUAUAGGGACCACACAGAGCCAGAGGUGAAAGGUCAAACUGAAGAGAACAGCCAAUCAGACAGCAAUGAACCAGAAAAGCAGGCAAGCAGCGAGCAGGAGCAGCAGGAGAAGGAGACGGAUGAAGCAUCGCCCUCCCGGUCCAGUGAGCGGCUCCAGGCCCGGCUGUCCGAGGCAGAGGAGUCUGCUGACGGAGCUCAGGAGGAGCUGGAGACGGAGAGAGAAACCACUCUCAAACUCACACAGAUCCAGGACGAGCACCAGAAGGCUCUGCUCCGUCGGGACUUCCAGCUGCAGAGUUUGGGUCUCCAGGCUCGGCUGCAGCGGAAGUUAUGGAGCCAGGAGAGGACUCUGCUGGUCCAGGAGUCUCAGCACCUCAAACAGGCCCUGUUACUGCUCAGCCUCAAGCUGCGCUGCUUCCUCAAACAGUGGAGGCUGGGCUGCAAGAAGGACACGGAGUGGAAGGAUGUCUUGGAGAUGAACAGCCUGAAGGAUCUCUACCUGCUGCUGGAGGAGGACAACCUGACAAGCCCCGCCCACCAGACUGACAAGAGGUCUGCUGCAGACGAACAGCCGCUCAGCCCGACUAUCAAGUCGAGCGCUGUGAGCAGCACUUUGGCCGACCUGAAGGUGGCGCUGCAGGAUCUGAGCGGUGAGCUGCGACAGGAGAGACAAGGCUCCCAGGAACUCACCCAGCAGUUUGCAAAGGCCAAGGCAUCAUGGGAAGUGGAGAGGACCGAGCUGCAGAGCCUCAUCACGCAGCUUGAGACCAAAGCAGGUAAAGCAGCUGCAGCUCUGUCCUCUACUGACGCACCGGAUCCUCCAGACCUGAAGGUGGCGCUGAAGAGGGAGCGUGAAGAACACCAGCACCUCCUGGCUGAGUCCUACGCUGCUGUGAUGGACCUCACUAAACAGCUUCAGAUCGGAGAGAGGAACUGGGGCAGAGAGAAGCUGGAGCUGCUGGAGAGGUUCAGCCAGGAGAGAGCGCAGUGGGAGCAGAGACUGAGAGAGGCCACUGUACAACAGGGGAAGUCGAAGUCAUCAGGCGGCGAGUCAUCCACGGACACGGUUGUUGCCAAUGGAGCUGGUUCGCCAAGCACCAAGUCCAUGUCAGAGCUGGAUCGGCCCACGGUCAAUGGAGCCGCUGACCAGGAGGAGAAAAUCCAGUUUGCAGUCCCGCCUCUUCUGAUUCGUCCAGAGCUCAGUGACCUCACCAGGAAGAACUGGACCUACCUGUCCAAUGAGACUCCAGAGGUCGGGGACACCUGUAAAACCUGGGACGGUCCCAGUGGCUCCUGUAGCAGCCUGGUGGGAUCAGAGCUGGAUCUGGAGUCUGUCCAGAGGAGCCACACCGCUCCAGACCGCACCGGCAUCCGGAUCUACUACAGCCCUCCUGCCGUGAGACGCAUAGAGCACCGGAGACAUAACCAGCACGCCAGAGAGCCACAGCAGGCGCAGAACGGGAGCUCGUCCCUGGGGCCGAGCGUCUGGGACGGGGGCGUGGCUGUGGAGGAAACCCUCGGGGUUCAGCAGCAGCAACAACCGUCUUCCUCCUCCUCCUCCUCCUCCUUCUCGUCCUCGUACGAGCAGUGGCUGAGCUCGCUGUCCAAGCAGCACAGGGAGCUGCUGGAGAGCAGGAGCAGCUGCGUCGCUGGCUCGAUCCCCGGCGGCCUCGGUGGCUCAGCGAACAGCGUGGUCGACGGGAUGACGUCCUCUUCGGCUUUCCAUGGCCUGGAGAUCGGGGAGAUUUCUGCCAACUUAAGUGACGACAUGAAGGAGAUGACCAACUGUGUCCGUCAGGCCAUUCGCUCCUCGUCUCUGGAGAGGAAGUCCAGCAAGGAACCAGGAAGUCAGGCGGUUGGCAUGUCCACGAGGUCCACGCAGACCGCCGCCCAGUACGUCAGCAUCGGGCUUCAAACCGACAACCUUUCCGGCAGCAGGGGGGCGGGGCUACACUCCAAAGCCUGGUCUCCUCGUCCCUCGUCUACGACCACCUCCUCGCUGGUGUCGGCCCGAACCCGGCAGAUAUCUACGUCGCUGGAUAAAGUUCACAGCCGCAUCGAGAGACCGUGCUGUUCGCCCAAGUACGGCUCACCAAAACUGCAGCGCAGAGUUUCCUCUGCUGUUCUGCUUUCAGGCUCCACCUCCAGACUGGACAGCACCUCCUCCUCCAGAGACCGCAGCCUGUGGAGCCUCCAGCAGAGACCCCUGGGCGGAGGCGGAGGCGGCGGCGGCGGCGGCGGCGGCUCAGCCUGGGCUCGCUCCACCACCACCAGGGACAGCCCCGUCCUCAGCGGCCUCACCGACGGCCUCUCCAGCCUCUUCAGCGUGGUGGAGCACGCCGGGAGCACAGAGUCGCUCUGGAGGGGGGACGGAGGAGCCAGCCAAGGUGCCAGUCCAGCACGCCAGCCCCCCGCCGCAGGAAAACCCUCUGGGGCGGCGGCCUGUGGAUCUGACGCCGGCUCUCAGCGGUACGGAGGCCUGGUCCAGGAGUUCUUCAGGAACGUGUGCAGCGGCCGUGGCCCAGGAGGAGUCACCCUGCCCGGGGAGAGAGCGCAAAGAGACUCCCUGGGCAGCCUGGGUGUCCUGGGGGGGCUCAGCGGUGUGGAUGAGCCCAAGCCAGAGUGCAUCUCAGCCGGGGUCGGAGGGCUCGGAUUGGGUGCAGGCAACGACAACGUGACCAGGAUUGUUAACAAGAGGUUCAUGAGGCAGACGGCUGGGGAGGAGAUGGUCAGCAUCAUGGGAGGAGGGAAGGAAACACUGAGCAGCGUUGGGGUGAUGGCGGCGGCGGCGGUGGCGGCGGCAUCUGGGACGGAGGAUGCACCAUGUGACUGCACUGCCCAGUCUUCCUGCUUUGCCCGACCAUCAAGAGCAGCAGCUCGCCAUUCGCUGGGACAAUGCAAGCACCGCCCACAAGAGUCUCCGGUGGCAACCGAGGAGAAGAGGGACGCCUGCAACGAGUGACGACACCUCUACUGCCAAACCCACACACACACAUACACACACACACACACACACACAAAGCAAUACUAUUACUUCUUCACACACACACUGAACACUGCCAUGAAAAAACACACCACUCCUCCCAUCACCAAAUGUACACACACACACACACACACACACAACCUGCCACACAGGCGCACUGCCAAACAUAACACACACUGCCCCACAAACACACUGCCACAUGCACGCACUCAUACAUUCAUAAACACACACACACACACACACACACACACACACAACCCAGGCAAUACCACCUUUGUCUAGGACUGAACCAUUCUGAUGCCAAGGACUCAAGCAAACUGCAACCGUCACAAAACUACCAGCAGACACACACACACACACACACACACACACACACACACACACACACACACACACACAUCAUCUCACACACUUAACUAAGCAAAACCAACUCUGUAAACUGAAGAGAAUCAACAAGGAAAACUAUGAUGUCAGGAUUGGACCUACUAAACACCCCCCCCACACACACACACACACACACACACACACACACACACACACACUCCCCAAUUUAGAGAAUAACAGGUACUGCAAAUGGACUGGAAAAUCCACCUUGAUGACGUCACAUUGCCGCCGUGCUGUCGGACCGGCAGCCAUGUUGGAUUCACGGACAACCAAGGAGAAAGACCGGAGGCGGGAGGCGGCCCCUGCUUUAAUAAGCAGUGACAGUUCAUGUGUCACUUUGAGAGCUGUAAAGAGCCACAGAGGAGACAUCUGUUACAGCUGGAAACAUCGUUUAUGUCUCGUUAGCGACUCUGAAAGCGUCACGUGAUUCCUCUCUGAACCUCGUCAUACAAACACCUGCUGCGCUGGGAACGAGUGAACCGCUCAGAUUGAUUAGCACAAUGAAACCCCAGCGAGCGUCUCCAACCUGGAUCUGACUCAGUCGCUGACCUUCUUUCAAAGAGGAAGAACUGAAGGACCGUUGGACUAUGUAUCCCAGCAUACACCACACUUCACUUGGACUCUACGGAUGGAUGUUUGGACUUGGACUUGAGCUCUAUAAACGAGACCAUGAAGCUGAUCUCAGAGCGGACCUCGAGUUCCCGGGAGAACUCUGGCCACAAACGCAGGGACGCUCUGUGGCGUCGCAGCCGUGUCUUAAACCGCGUCGAUGUAAGAAAACAUCCAGAGUCUGACUGGACCUGACGCAGCGGACACACACACACACAGUGUUCGUCUGCUUCUUCUUUUUUUUUUUUUAAAGAUAUUUCUUAACUGAUGUCAAGGUUCAUCCUCAGACCAGAUGUGUGGUGUACAUUCCUACAGCGCACUGUCCUGACACAUUUCACUGGGUCACGCUGAUCCAGGACCAGUUCUGCAGAUUUCUCUCGGCUUUGGACGCAGAUGCACUGAUGAUGUCACGUUUUUUUUAAGGAAGCCAAGAAAUAUUAUUUUUUAUCCUUCAUUAAUCAAGGUAACGAAGCUUUAUUUAUCCCUCGUUCACAGUGAUGUCGAGUUGAUAAAAAUACCAGUUAGAAAAACAACAUCAAAUUACAAAAGAAAUAUAAAUACAAUUAAUUGAUAAUGAAAAGACAAGAAUCAGUUAAAACAGGUACAAGCAGAAGUUAAAAGGACAGAGAUGAAGAAUCUAAAAUGACCAAAAGGAACCAACAAAUUAAUUUUAAUUUUAGGUGUAUUUUAAAUGUGAAAACGAGCUUUGUAACCUCCAGAUAAUUAUCUCGUUACGUUGGGAUAAUGAGCUUCGUAAUCUCCAGACAACGGGAUAAGAAAAAUAUUCGCGAGUAUGGCCUCUCUCGGCUUCCGUACCUCCUUCCUCUGUUUCUGUUCAGAUUCUCGCUACAGAAUCCCAAACCGAGCGGUCGUCCUCAUCAGUGCGUCUCCGCCCUCUGCGCCUCACAGGUUCAGAUCUGAGGAGCGGGAGAGAAACGCUGAUCCACACUCACUGACUCUCGAUGCGUGAGGAGAGUUUGGUCGAUGCAUUCCUUUUAUUAGAGACUUUUUCCCGGUUGUGUAUGCGUGUACGGUUUGUGUGCGUUCAGUUCUCAGCUUCAUCAUUCCUCGGUCUCGUAAAACGCUCAAGCUUUUACUUCCUCCUCUCUUCUCCUCUCUCACCUGCAGCUGUCCUCGACCGACGUCGUAGCUUCUGUACGAACCCGACACACAUUUGGAAAAUGUAGUGUAACAACGAAAUGUUGGUGAACAAGCGGCUGAGAGCUGCGGCUUCAGAGUAAAAGCACUGAGAGUUUUUACUUUUUUAAACUCUUAAUUUAAGUAUUUGAUAUUUACAAACUUUAGUCGAACAAAGUUGUUUUACUAAAUUAAAAAUGUAAAUCUUUUUUUUUUUUUUUUUUACCUAAGUGGCGUUCACUUCCACUGAAAUGAAAUAAAAUGUGUCUGCUCACAGAAAUAACUGGGAAAGACAAAACAACAUUUGUCUUAUUAGUGAAUUGAAAACUGUAAAAAAAACAAACAAAAAAAACAACAACUGUAAAUUGAAAACAAUCAUAUUUUAAAGUGUUUUUAUUACAUUUCUCUCUCUCUCCUAUCCAUUUGUUUGCCACGUCAUUCCCUUUCCAAUCAAUCAACCAAUAUUCAAAGUGCCUGUCAGAUUGCCUAUUAGUCAGCUCACACCAAAACUGGACUCCAUAUGAAAAACACACCAACAAACCCAGCAGGCCUUUUCUUUUUAAUGGGUAAGAUUGUUUUUAUGCACAUGAUUGCAAUCAGGCUGUUCUCAAGCUACAAUGACGUACUGUACCACAGUGGAGAAAGGACAAACUGGUUUACAGGUAUAUUAGAUAUAUUAACUUUUUUUAUACCAAGGGUUAUUGUAUUUCUGGAAAGUAAAUUAUUUUUGUUUAGUUUUGUUUAUUUUAUAUGGAUGUUUUUGCUGAUGUAUUCCUGUUGUUUUCUGUUUAGUUAUCAUGGUGCUACUUCGUGUGGAGUCUGCUGUGGGCUUUAAUGCUGCCUUUAACAAGGCGUCGGCCCAUCUGUCCACUCAUCUAUUUAAACAUGUCUCUCUCACAGUUUGUGUUUGAGCAGCGGUCCAGUGUGUCUCCGUGUCUGCAGACGAUUUAAUGACUCAGCAGUUUCAAAUAAAAAUAGGGCAUUACAGUAACAGUGCUUGUAUUUAAAUAACACACUGAGGAAAACCCACAGUCUAAACGCUGCUGACUGUCUCCAAACAAAACCAACGGCAUGAAACCAGUCGCCGCUUCAAAACGCCGCUGGUCUGAUCGCCACAAGAACCGGCUGUCUGAUUUUGUUUUCAACCACAAUUAUAGAACAGGUAGUUUAAGCCAAGAAAUCUGAUUGGUUUAAGACCACAGGAAUAAUAUAACCUCAUUAAACGUCCCAAAAAAAAAGCACACAUCCAUUCCUUUCUACAUUCCAUAUCUCCAUCUUUUAAAGCUUCGUCGUCGACGUGAUGGAAAUACAUGUUGUGUUUUUAACAUCAACAAUAGAAAAGAGGAAAUGGCUGAAACAGAGCCUUGUGGUUCUGCUGGCAACGGUCCAGAUCAGAAAAAAAGAUGUUUCCAAGGACCAAGACACAGUUCUGUCUUAAGUCUCAGCUGAACAAGGUGUUAGUUAGCUCGCUAACAGGCUAACAGGUUCUCUUAGCUACUUCUCCUUCCUUACUUGGAAAAAAUGUCCUAAUGCUUUUGAGGAAUACUCCAUGAAAUCCACGUUCUGAGUAUCACAUACAUGUUUUCACGCAACGAAACAAGCUACAGCUACUGUUAGCUUGUUUUGUCACGUAAAAACAUUUUUGAACAUCAACAGAAACGUCUCAAACCACUCCUGCAGCACAAUCCUCCAUUUUGCUGCCAUUCUGUUUGCUAACAAUUGUAUAUUUGCCAAAUGUGGCUGAAUAUGCUGCUAAUGCUUUGCAAUUUGUUGCGCACGGCUACGUAUGCUAGCAUAGUUAGCAUUUAAAAACAAAGGUUUUCAGUGGAGUCGUCCUUAAACUUUGUCGUCGUAGUCAGGAGGUCUGGCACAUUUGUACAUCAGUGACCACAGACAGCAGCUCAGAGUUAAACUUUAACAAUUAAAGCUGCAAAAUUAGCCAAAUAAAAACACUUCAUCACAGGCGUCCAUGUUUCUUUGAGCGGGGAAGUUAAAAGACACAUUUCCCACUUUUGACUUCUUAAAUUACAGUACAUGCUGCAUGUUAACAAGACAGAUAGCUCACUAGCUAACCAACGUGUUAUUAUCUAUGCUCAGAAUAGUUCUGACGCAUUCGAGUCAUAGCAAGAGAGAAACGGAAAAACUACUACGUUAAAUUUUCAUUUAUCCGGGGGGGUGGCGGGUGUCUCCGUUACAGCUGCUGACAUUUUUGCCAAAAAAUCUGUGUUUGUGGUAAAACCCCCCCCGAGAUGUUUCUACACUGCAGCACAGAGGUCCUGUCUGCAGUGACCACAGUCCAGUAAUGACUCAGGCGUCCUGCAGUCUCUUCCUCCACAGACCAGGGUCAACGGUCUGAAACCACAGAGGAAGAUUAAUCAUCCUCUAAUAUUAACUUUGGCAUCGCUUCUGCUUUUUGGAUGUUCUGCAAAACUACAGACUCUGUCGUUUUAUUCUGAAAAUCUGAACAUGAGACAGGUGGAACUGAAAACAGAUGCCUGGACGAUUAACAUGAUUCAUUUGAACAAAACACGACACCUACAAAAUAAAAGCACAAACCUGAAACAAAUCAACCUUUUAAUUAAAAGAUUUUUUUCAUCAUGUAAAUUAAAUAAAUGUAUAAAACAUUGAGUUCAGAAAUCAUUUAAACGCGGAGAUGAAAGGAGUUUCAGUUCUACCUCGGACAUGUUUUAACACUCGCGUCAUUAGAUAUCACAGUAAUUACGAUCAAUCAUCUGAACAGAUUUGAUGUAUCCUGUUGUCAUUUAGUCUCACUGUCAAUGAGAAGGUCACUUUAGUGCCUUUCCUCCUCAUACUGUAUGAUGACGCCAACUUCCAGAUUAAUUACCUGCAGGAUCAUGAUUAAUUCGUCUUUGUGCAGUAGCUGUAACUGAUUUGUGUUUACAUUAAUCAGAAUACAUUUUGUUGUAAGCCGAUAUGGGAUCGCCGUGACAACGUGUAAAGAGUCGACAGAAAGCCUUUGUUAAAUUAGUUUAGCUUCACUUUGUGUGACCAGAUCUCCAAACCGUUCAGACCAGUGUUACAGUUUCAUUAAAUCUUUUUCUUCUGACAUUUCUGAGUCGAAGCGUCAGCAUCAUAUUUUAGAUGAUAUGAAGAUGUGACACAAGAGACGAUAUGAAGUUUCCAGGAGCCAGAUGCAUAAAACUCUGUAGAUUCAUGACUAAAACUAUGUGACGCACAAAACCAGAAAUAUUCAAGACAAAUUCUUUUCAUCUGAAUUAUAAAACCAUGCGUUCACAUGGUUCCUCUUUAUAAAACUCACUCACAUGUGCACGAGCAUCAUUUCCACUCCAUAAACGAUCCAUGAAUAAAUGAAGACUCUCCCUUAAUUGAUCAGUUUGAAUAAAAACACUGUCUCCACCACAAGUGAUCAGACUCAGAGGAGAAGAACGAGGACGAAGUUUCACUGAUUGUGAAACUGAGUUUACUUUAGUUAGCAAGUAAAACUUUAUUUCUACAGCUCAUUUCAUUCCAGGCGGAAGCACAAUGUGCUGCACAAGGAAUUAUUAUCAAGGAAGCUGCAACCACAAAAACUGUGGACAGUGUGAAGAUAAAACAUUCAACACAAAUUUAAACACGUAAAUGACACGAAUUAAACCUGAAGAAAACCUAAUAGUUAAGACCAACAACCGAUCGGUAAAAACGUGUGUAAAAUAAGAAUGUGAUUAAAACAUAAUAAAUAGUCCUUCAGUUAUUGGGAGUCUUAACGAGGCUCAGGAGCCUCCGACACUGAGAUUAGUCGAUAUUAAAACAGUUUACAGGAUGAAUAAUAAAGAUAUUAAAUACAAACACAAUUAUUUCAAUUAUUUGUUUAUGAAAUGUUUAAUUAUUAUAAAACUUAUACUGAUGAUAAUGAAUGAAGCUCCCUCCGUGAAGUCGGUUAUUUUAUUUUAUGUUAAAUUUAAAUUACGUGUCUCGUCUUAUUUUGUAUUUUCACUGUAACUUGGAUCAUUUGGAAAACCGUGUGUUCACAUGGUCAAAAACACAUCUUGUGUUUAUAAAGACCGGAUUGUGAGCGGGAAAUGUGGUACGGACGGUUUUUGUGUGUAGCAUCAUUUAUGCAUCUGGCCCCUGGUUGUGGAUAAAACUGCUGCUGCUGUUGAUGCGUGAAACACAGAACGGGGUUUCAACCUGGACGAACUUUCUAUAAACACCUGAAAAUGGCGCCGUCAAAAAUCUCUCUCCGACUCUGAUGUCAUUGGUCAGUUGGUUUCUCCGCCUCUGCAGCCUUUCCACCUGCCGUGUCAGGUGUCUCAUUAGCUCCUCCCCCUCAGGUUAUACGUACUAGUCAUUGCAGCCAAUGACGGAACAGUUUUUACAGGUCACUCAGCAUCACCAGCCAAUGACAGACGAGUUCUUACAGGUUGCAUGGCACAAAAACCAUGAGACUCAUUGUUCCCUGUGUUUCUGUAACAUGAAUCUUUUCCAGCCUUUGUAACCUGUUUCCAUACCGUUCAUACGAUUAUUACAUCCUGGCAAUAUGUACAUGAAUACUUAGCUGUUCAUAAUGUUAGCUGAGCUAUUACCUAGAGACAGCCUGUAUAUUCGCUUUAUAUAACGUACUCUUGUCUUUUUUUAAUAAUGCUUGAUUCUUGAAUAAAAGGAGAAUGCGAUGAAAGCUCAAUAAACGAGUACACAGUGAGGAAAUGUCGUCGCCGUGUUUUGAAGAGAAAGAAAAAGCUUGUACUCUCUCUCUGUCCUUUUUGUUUCUUUUGAGAAAAGCUGAAUGUCAACAGCUGAUCUGAAACCGGGUCUCUGUGGAAGUAUGUAGCUCUCUCUCCCUUUACAGACCACACUCCAGCGUUUCCUCUGUACAUAGACAAAGAUUUUGAAGCUGAUGAGAAACUGAAAAACGGCAGCAAAUGUUAAAGAAGUUCAACGAGAAAAUUUGAUCCAAGAGGAUUUUUAAAGGGGUCGGGGAUUUUUUGUUUUUGCGACAGAUGUAGCUUGCAAAACCAGAUAUUAUAACUGCCUCCUGUUUGUCAUAGAAUUCACAAAUAAAUGUUUGUUGAAAUUUA